CCAGAAACUGGAAAAGGAAAUUCCGCUACUUAAAAUCUAAGCUAAGCCAAUGCCAAACCAAGCAAACGAGAUCCAUAUUCAGAAACCACGUUUCUCAACUGCCUCCUCCUCCUCCACCUAAGUUCAGCGUAGCGUUGCAUUUUCUACAUAAAAUAAAAAUCUGGAAGUUUCUUAGAUUUAGAUCAACUGCCUGCUUCCAUUAAUAUUCGAAAAUUCAGUUACUAGCAGACUUAUACUUUUGUUGUUGAUCUGCCAGUAAAAUGAAGUGAAGAUAGGGUUUUAAGCGAAGUAGAUAGAUAGAUAGAUAUUAAGCAGGUUAGAGAUGGAGAGCUACUUGAAGGAGAACUUCGGAGAAGUGAAGGCGAAGAACUCAUCGGAAGAAGCGCUGCAGAGAUGGAGGAAGUUGUGCUGGCUCGUCAAAAAUCGCAAACGAAGGUUUCGAUUCACGGCUAAUCUGUCCAAACGCUUCGAAGUUCGUGCUAUCCAGCGCUCCAAUCAGGAGAAGCUUAGAAUUGCAGUGCUGGUUUCACAAGCUGCUCUUAGUUUCAUUCAAGGCAUCAGUUACACCAUACCCGAGGAAGUCAAAGCGGCAGGGUUCCAAGUAUGCGCUGAUGAGUUAGGAUCCAUUGUUGAAGGCCGUAAUUUGAGGAAGUUGAAGGUUCAUGAAGGGGUUGAAGGUAUUGUGAGGAAACUCCGAACAUCAGUGCCUGAUGGGAUCAGCACUUCUGAUGAUUUAGUUGAUAGGAGAAAACAAAUUUAUGGAAUUAAUAAAUUUACUGAAAUCCCACAGAAGGGUUUCUGGAUUUUUGUUUGGGAAGCUCUUCAGGAUACAACACUUAUGAUUCUUGCUGUAUGUGCGCUUAUCUCUUUGAUUGUUGGCAUAGCUACAGAGGGCUGGCCAAAGGGUGCACAUGAUGGACUUGGAAUUGUUGCCAGUAUCCUGCUAGUAGUUUUCGUGACAGCAACUAGUGAUUAUAAACAGUCGUUACAAUUUAAGGAUUUGGAUAAGGAAAAGAAAAAGAUAACUGUUCAUGUUACUAGAAAUGGAUACAGGCAGAAGAUUUCUAUAUAUGAUUUACUUCCUGGUGAUAUUGUUCACCUAUCUAUAGGUGAUCAGGUCCCAGCAGAUGGACUGUUUCUUUCAGGAUACUCUUUGUUGAUAGACGAAUCGAGCCUAACAGGAGAGAGUGAACCAAUUAAUGUUACUGCUGAAAAUCCUUUCCUCCUCUCUGGAACUAAGGUACAAGAUGGAUCCUGCAAAAUGCUUGUUACUACUGUUGGAAUGAGAACUCAGUGGGGUAAAUUGAUGGCCACCCUCAGUGAAGGAGGAGAUGAUGAGACACCACUGCAAGUGAAGUUGAAUGGAGUGGCAACCGUUAUUGGAAAAAUAGGAUUAUUUUUUGCUGUUAUCACGUUUUCUGUCCUGGUACAAGGACUGUUUAGCCGCAAAUUAAGAGAAGGGCCACACUGGAGCUGGGCUGGGGAUGAUGCCCUGGAAAUGCUUGAAUAUUUUGCUAUUGCAGUUACAAUUGUUGUGGUUGCUGUUCCUGAGGGUUUACCUUUAGCUGUCACACUAAGCCUAGCAUUUGCCAUGAAGAAGAUGAUGAAUGAUAAAGCACUAGUUCGUCAUUUGGCUGCUUGUGAGACUAUGGGAUCUGCCACAACUAUUUGUAGUGACAAGACUGGUACGCUAACUACUAACCAUAUGACUGUUGUAAAAACUUGCAUUUGCGGUACAGUGUUUAGCUCUCUGGAGCCUUCUAAUAUCUGCUCUGGAAUUCCUGAUUCUGUUGUCCGAAUUCUGCUUCAAUCUAUCUUUUUCAAUACUGGAGGAGAUGUAGUAAAGUGUGAAGGGGGAAAAAUAGAAAUAUUGGGAACACCCACUGAAACUGCGCUCUUGGAAUUCGGUCUUUCACUUGGUGGGGAUUUUCAGGCUGAGAGACAAGCAUCUAAACUUGUGAAAGUUGAACCAUUUAACUCUGUGAAGAAGCGUAUGGGUGUGGUAUUGGAGCUUCAGGAAGGAGAUUGCAGGGCACACUGUAAAGGUGCAUCUGAAAUAAUAUUGGCUGCAUGUGACAAGGUCCUGAACAAAGAAGGAGAGAUUGUUCCCCUAGAUGAAGCAUCCAUUAGUCAUCUCAAAGAUACAAUUGAACAAUUUGCUUCUGAGGCUCUUCGAACCUUAUGCCUUGCUUACAAGGAAAUUGGAAGUGAAGUUUCGGCUGAAAACCCAAUCCCUUUUGAGGGCUAUACUUGUAUAGGAAUUAUAGGUAUUAAAGAUCCUGUACGUCCUGGUGUUAAGGAGUCUGUUGCAACUUGUAGGUCAGCUGGGAUUACUGUGCGGAUGGUCACAGGCGACAACAUAAAUACUGCCAAGGCAAUUGCUAGAGAGUGUGGGAUUUUGACUGACGAGGGCAUAGCAAUUGAAGGCCCCGACUUUCGAUUGAAGAGUGAGGAAGAGUUGCAAGAAAUCAUCCCUAAAUUACAGGUCAUGGCUCGUUCUUCGCCAAUGGAUAAGCACACCCUUGUGAGACAUUUGCGCACCACAUUUCAAGAUGUUGUUGCUGUGACUGGAGAUGGUACAAAUGAUGCUCCUGCACUUCAUGAAGCAGAUAUAGGGCUUGCAAUGGGCAUAUCUGGAACUGAGGUAGCUAAAGAGAGCGCUGAUGUCAUCAUUCUCGAUGAUAAUUUCUCCACAAUUGUGACUGUUGCCAAAUGGGGACGUUCGGUUUACGUAAACAUUCAGAAGUUUGUGCAGUUUCAGUUGACUGUAAAUGUGGUUGCCCUAAUUGUCAACUUUUCUUCAGCCUGUUUGACAGGCAAUGCUCCUCUCACGGCUGUCCAGCUCCUAUGGGUCAACAUGAUCAUGGAUACACUAGGAGCACUUGCUCUAGCCACAGAGCCUCCAAAUGGUGAUUUGAUGAAGCGACCUCCAGUAGGAAGGAAAGGAAACUUUAUUAGCAAUGUCAUGUGGAGGAAUAUCUUGGGGCAAUCAAUAUAUCAGUUCGUGAUCAUAUGGUACCUUCAGACAUCAGGGAAAUCAGUUUUCCAUCUUGAUGGCUCUGAUUCUGAUUUGAUUCUGAAUACCCUCAUAUUCAACUCAUUUGUCUUUUGCCAGGUUUUCAAUGAGAUUAGCUCCAGAGAAAUGGAGAACAUAAAUGUCUUCAAAGGCAUACUGAAGAACUAUGUUUUUGUAGCUGUGAUCAGCUGCACGGUCCUCUUCCAAAUUAUAAUUGUUGAAUUUCUUGGUACUUUUGCAAACACUUCCCCUCUUACUUGGCAGCAGUGGUUUGCAAGUGUGUGCUUGGGAUUUCUUGGAAUGCCAAUAGCCGCUGCUAUAAAGAUGAUCCCUGUUGGAUCAAAUUGAAACAUGAUGGAGAGAAUUCCGCUGACAAUUUUGCCCAACCUUGGAUUUGGAGUGUGCUUCAGAAUGUCUAUGUUUCUGCACUAGGGGAGCACCGACUACAUUUCUGAUACGUAGAAGCAAUAGAACAGAAAUUUUAUCAAAGGCCACAUUUCAAAUUGCUUAAUAUGUUUCCUACUCAGCUUGUAGGAACAAUUUCUUCAUCCUUGUAAGCUUCUUUCGGGUUGCAUUUAUAGACUACUCCAGGGAAGGCUAAAAGGACUAACAUGAAUGAAUUUUUGAAUGAACAAACUCUUCCUGAAUGAAUUUUUGAA